AUGGCGGAAACUAAACAGAAUCGACAUUUUAAUUCAAUUAAAAUAGGGGAAUUAUUGUCUAUUUCAACAAGACCAGAAUUAGGUCCAACCGAUAUAUUAUAUGAAUAUCAACAAUACCUUGAGGGAUAUUUUACUAAAACAUUGUCAGUGAGAAAAGAAAAACCUAAAUAUAUUGUUUGUGAUAAAAAGUCAAAAUUGUUAUUAGAGUUAACUGUUGGUACUGAGUUACAAAACCCAAAAUAUUCGAUAGAAGAUAUAUUAUUACCAUCAGAAGUAAAUAAUUAUAGAAGAGAUGUUACAAAUUUUAUUUUUUUAGCAAGUGACAUUGAAGGAUAUAAACAAAUAGCAGAAGCAAUGAAAAAGAUUCGGUCUAAUAAUCAGAGUGAACUUAAUGAUGAUAGUUUAAUUGAGAAUUUUACAGUAUUACGUCCAUUUGGUACAGAAAUGUGGGAUAUAGAAAUGAUUAAUUUUUGUGAAAUGACACGAUGUAAAAUAGAAAGAUUGCCUAUUAUUCUUCCUCUUGUUCAAGAAGAUGUUUUGUCAAUGCAAAUUGAUGAUGCAUUUGAAAAUUAUCACGAAAACUUAAUAUAA